AUGACUCGUUCCUUCUGGUCCCGUCGCUGGAACUGCCCCCUGUUCGGCUUUCUGGCCAAAGGGCUCGCUGUUAACCUGCCUGUUGAACCAGAUGAGAGUUCCGAAAAUGUCGAUGUGGAUAUGGGUAUCGUGAGGCUUGUGGGGUAUAAGCCUGAACAGAGAUUACUCGGAGCCCCAGUUCCCAGUUCCAAAGAUUCCAACUCCGAGAAUGAGAGCCAGGAUCAAGAUCAGGGUCGGGGUCAAAAUAUAAAAUGCAGCCCUAGUCCGGCAACCUCGGAACAAGACUCAGCUCCGUCGCCAAAACCCACCCCCGACCCCAGCGUCACGACAAACUGCAUAGCCCCAGACUGCGUCGCCUGCCAAGCCGAACGAGAAAGGACCACCGAGCAAGACCCGCAGCGCUGGAAAUACCAUCGCACCUUCAUCAACAAAGAGACCGGCUACGGGCUUAUCGCGAGGGAGUUUAUUCCCGCGGGUAGUAUUAUCUAUGCGGACCAAUUGGUUCAUCUCACGGAGAGAGACGAAGACAAGUGUCUGGCCAGGGCUGGUGAUAUCGACGCGUUACUCGGCGCCAAAGUCAGUGCCAUGGGCUCAGACUGGAAAACCGCGUAUCUAAGCAUGCCCAAGCCCAACGACCGCAAAAAACCAGGGAUACGCACAGGUAUCUACACCAGUAUCUGGAACCAGUACCACCUCCCCAUCUACUGUAAUGGUGUAUCUGGUGGAGUCCUGGGCCUGAACCUCUCAUUUACAUACCACUCGUGCCUCCCCAACGCCUCCCUAACCCUAGUCAACAAGUACCGCUCCGACAGCGGCCGGCGCUACAAAAAGCCCAGACUAACCGGUGCCGUGGUCCGCAGCUUCGUGGAUAUACACAAGGGCCAGGAGAUCACGAUUUCGUAUUUCUACGCCAAGGGCGCGGUCGAGUAUCGUCGUCUCUACGCGCUGGAUCUGCUGGGAUUCCGGUGUUCGUGUCGAUCUUGUUUGUAUCCGAACGCUGAAGUCGAAGAUGCGUUGGGGAUGUAUCACCGGCUCGAACACGUUCUCAAGAACCCGCGUUUCAUCACCGAGAACCCAGCAGUCGCAUACCAAGCCGCCUGUCAGAUCACAGAUAAACUCACAGACUGCGGCAUCGCAGAUAUCCGCCUUGCACUGAUCUGGGCAAAAUGCGCGCUCAUCGCGGGGUUUCAUUCCGAUAUUGCGCGGGUCCGCUGCUUUCUGCUUAUGAUCCUCAAACUCACUGAGGUCCUGCAGGGUCCCACGGGUCAUUUGUUUCAUCGCGCGAUUAAAUGGUUCGAGUGUAUGUCUGCGAUGCCAGGGUUUGGGAUGACGAUUAGGGGAUUGUCUGCGAUGAAACAUGCAGAUAUGUUUUUGGAGCAUAGGACCGAGGCGCAGCCGUAUUUGUUUAUGAUGGGGGCUGGCCCGGAGGAGUAUAUCCGUGUCAAUCGAUAUCUGAGGGUUCCGGAUGAAGAGAUGGAGGAGCAUGGGCAUCGGUUUGAGGUCGUUCCUGAUGCCCCGCCCGUCCCGAGUCUCAAGAAGAGCAGCAGGAAGAAGAAGGCCAAGGCCAAUGCUAAGGCUAAGAAGGGCGAGAAAUGCACCGAUCCCGAAAAAGACUUUCUCUCGCUGUGGCUCGGCGUGGUGAAUGAUUUCGUCGACCAGCACGCCAUCAAGCAGGAGUAUAACGCUAUGAAAAAGAACAAAUAUAGUCAAAAGAAUGACAAUAUCUCACCUUCUGACAAAACCCAGCAGUGUACCGAUGAAACGUGCAGUGGGUGCGGCGGCGGGGGGCAGUUACUGCAGGUGGUGAUUCAGGACGUUGGUGCGCGGAAGAAGGUGGUGUGGAAGCGGACGGAGGUGGAUGAGAUAGAGAGGUUAUGA